GACAGAGGCUGCUUCAGACAGCUGGCUCUGGCCUCUCCUGGUCACCACCAUGAUCAAGACCCCUAGUGACCAUCUGCUGUACUCCCUGGAGGGGCUGGUGCCCAAUGACUUUGAGAGGUUCAAGUUUAAGCUCCAGAACACCAGCCUGGAGAAGGAUCACUCCCGGAUCCCUCGGGGCCAGCUCCAGACAGCCAGGCCGGUGAAGCUGGCCAGUCUGCUGAUCACCCACUACGGGGAAGAGUAUGCUGUGCGGUUGACCCUGCAGGUCCUGAGGGCCAUCAACCAGAACUUCCUGGCAGAGGAGCUUCACAAGGCGACCGGCCCAGAGUGUCUGAUACAAGAAAGCGGCACUGACCGUUCAGCAACGUCUUGCUCCUCCAGAGAGAAUAAGCCCAAGGGCCUGAGGAUACCACAUGUCUUGGAAGGUGAUAGGCUGCGGCAAAGCGGUGACGGGGCCCCCGGCCUGCCAGCCAGCCAGCCUGAGUCUGGAAGAGUCCAGAAAAAGCCUCAGGGCAAACGGGGAGAUCAGAAGAGCUCCGAAGGCCUGGACUUGCCGGGCAAGCCAGGGGCCCGGAACAUGCCUCAGGCCUUCAAGAGAAGCCUGGACAAGCAGCAGGGGGAAAGGGGGAGCGAUCCUAUCAUCAGGCUGCGCCCAAACGCCAGCUUUUCAGGACUGACCUGUGGGUCCCUCGGAAGGGCAAACUCCAAGAUACGCGAAGCACAUUUACCUUCAGGACAGAAGCGCCCCAAAAGUCUGGAAAUUACCUUUUUUCAAGGAGAGAGAGAAGCUUCCAAUCCAGGAACUCUUCUGUCUCAAGAGAAAAUGAGAAGUGACAAUACAGACUCAGCAGCCACCCCCAGUCAAGUGCCUACUCUGGAUGUAGGGGCUACUGUGGCUCCAGAGAAAGGCUUCAGGAACCCAGAAUAUUCUAUGAGCCCGAAAGGGGGAGCAUUCAGGAAUACACUUUCUAAUGUAUCGUUGGUUAGAGCGAAGACCACCUGGGACCAUCCAGAACCUACGGGACCUUCUAAGAAAAAUGUAAUUGAGGGUCAAGAACCGCCUGAGCCCUUGAGGAUGGUGGUAGGUGGUGAGCUCCAGGAGCCUUCAGAUCUAGAAGUUCCUCCUUAUUCAGGAACUUUUUCCACUGCCGUGUCUCCAGGGAAGCCAUGGGAUGAGGCUGUGGACGUCCUCUGCCACGCCCAGGACGGAGGCCCGAUUGGUGGCACCCAUGUUCGUGAUUCCUGCAGAUACUCUGUUGCUUCUAGGGAUCCCAAGGCCUCUGCCAGCUGCUCAGCCAGCUGCCUCCAGAGCCAGGCCCCGCUCCCGGUAAAGAACUCCGGAGACUGCAAGCAGCAGGAGGGCUUGCAGAUGGCCAUCUUGAGCCCCAAGGACCUGCCACAUUGUGAACGGCACAUGAAGCAGGGCCAGGCGCUCUUCUGUGAGGACCACGGGGAGCCUAUCUGCCUCAUCUGCCGGCUGAGUCAAGAACACCAAGGCCACCGGGUGCGCCCCAUCGAGGAGGCUGCCCUAGAAUAUAAGGAGCGAAUUCAAAAGCAGCUGGUGUAUCUGAAGGAGUUGAGAAAAUCUGGGGAGGAGCAGAGAUCUCGGGGGGAUAAGAAGACUGCGGACUUCCUGAAGCAAACCGAAAGCCGGAAGCAGAGAUUCCGGCACCAGUUGAAGCAGCUGUACCAUUUUCUGGAGAAGCAAGAGAAGCUCUUCAUGGCCUCCCUAGAGGAGCUGGACCAGACCAUUGGGCAGGUCAGGGAGUCAUAUAGCACCCGAGUGUCCAGAGACAUUGCCCUUCUCGAUGAGCUGAUUGGGGAGCUGGAGGCCAAACAGUGCCAGCCGGAAUGGGAGCUCAUGCAGGACAUCGGAGUCACCCUGCACAGGGCCAAGAUGGUGACUGUCCCUAAGGCAUGGGCCACUCCCCCAGAGGUUGAAAAAAAGAUCCACUUGUUCUACCAGAAAUCGGGGUUUGUGGAGAAGAGCAUGAAGUACUUCUUGGAAAUUCUGCAUUCAGAAAUGAUCACCAUCAAUGUUCCAGAACUGAAUUGUGCUCAGGCAUAUGCCGGUAAGUGCCCUGACCAAGGCAAGUGGCUUUUCCCUGCUGGGUUCUGGUGCUCACCUCCACUGAAUUCUAGAAUAUCCCUGUCCAUGUUUCCUGAAGUUGGGGAGAGCCCUGUGGGGACGCUGCCCAUGGACCCCCAGACAGGUAUUCUGAUUUUCUCUGCAGUUAAUGUGAUUCUGGAUGCAGAAACUGCCCACCCCAAUCUCAUCUUCUCUAAGGACCUGAAAAGUGUGAGACUUGGAAACAAGUGGGAUCGUCUGCCUGACAAUCCAGAAAGAUUUGAUAGUUGCAUCAUCACCCUAGGCCUUCCAAGCUUCCUCUUUGGCCGCCAUUACUGGGAAGUGGAGGUAGGAAACAAGACAGGGUGGAUCCUGGGUAUCUGCAAGGCAUCCAUAAGCAGAAAGGGGAACAUGACUCUGUCACCUGACAAUGGCUGCUGGGUGGUGAUGAUGAUGAAGCGAAGUGAACUCCAGGUGUCCACCAUUCCCCCAACACGCCUGCAGAUGACGGAACCCCCCAGACGUGUGGGCAUCUUCCUUGAUUACACCACUGAAGACAUUUCCUUUUACAAUGUAACAAACAAAUCCAUUAUCUACACAUUCACCGGCGUCUCUUGCUCUGGGCCCCUUCAGCCUAUCUUCAGCCCUGGAACACAUGAUGGAGGGAAGAACUUGGAUCCUCUGACCAUAUGUCCAGUGGGUGGCCAGGGGCCUCACUGAAUGCCCAACACUUUGCAUCUCUCUUCUGGCUCCCAGCCUUGUAUCUUGAAUCUGUACACUCAACUGUCAUUACUGAACACCUACUGGGUUUCAGCUGCCGUGGGUAAUAUAACAAGAGAAUAGGCCUGUGCCCAAAAUGCCUAUGGAAUGGUAGCAGACAUAAGCUAGGUACACAAAUAUUGGUUAAACAAGGGUGAAAAGAGCACAUGUACUGAUGAUACUUCAAAGGAGGAAGUACAUGGCUAUUGCUUAAUAAAUCCUUGUUAUGAAUUAGCACCCUAAGAUACCCCUGAGCCAGAGAUCUCAUCCUCAUUUUCCCUCAGAACUCUAUGGCAAAGAUGUGUCCCCUCAUUCUAUCCCCCACUUUCUUGAGGACUUGGAGAUCUGAGAAAUAAAUCAAGCAGACUGGACGGUUAUAUUUUUGUACCUGGGUUAAAAUUUAAGAGCACUGGCUAGGCCUCAUAAAGAAAUCAAUUAGAAAAUUUGGUCAUAAUUGCACUCAAUUUGUUGUGAGAUCCCAUUUCCCUACUGAACACCAUGAAAAAGAUGGAGCUGAUGGAGUGGAAAAACACUGGACACAGAUUUCAAAUGUCAGCUUUUUAAAAAAAAAUCUGGUCCUGAUCUAUGGAAAGUCUGUGGAAUAGCAGGUGUUCUAGUUCAGAGAUACUUCCCCUAUCAUCCCCCAUUUAAAGGGAUGCAAAGGGAAAGGAUGUAAGAAGAGGGGAAAAAAAAGAAUCAAAUGAAUAUUAGACUCUAAACCCCUCAUAUCCCAACUCAUCUUUCCAACUUCAUGCUACAGCCUAGGCUAGACUCAGGUUCUCCAUGGUUAUGGCCAGAACAUGAAACAAGGCCUUGGUUUCUUCAUGGUGCUUUGUUCUACGCACAUAACAGAUACUCCAACACACUUCACAUGUUCUAUUUGCUUAGCUAUUCCCAAUUCUCCCUUGAUAAAACCUUUCCAUAAACAUUUCCUUUAUUUUUUUCUACCACUUCCCCAUAUAUAUUUUUUUCCUGUUAUUCAUAAAAUGGCUUCAGAAUGUGAACUAUUUGAUGACACUUGUUACAGCUGGCCAUAUAAUCCUUGAGAAAGAUUAAAUAAUGUUUCACACAAUGUCUGUCAUUUAAAAAUUUUGGCUGACUCAAUGGAGAUGCAAUGAGGUUUUACCUAUGUUUUAAUUUAUUUCAUUACUUGUUAGUGAGGCUGUGAAUUUUCCAUAUGAACUCCUUCUACUUUUCACUUCAUUCUACAGAAACAGCACAGUUCCUUUGACUACUUGCUAUGUGGAAUCUAUUGAAUUCAGCUGUCUGUAGUACUUCUUCAUACAUAUUUUAAGUACUAAACAUUUGUAUUUGUAAGAUG